GGUCCCAUAGAAGGUGGAUAUGGCCAGGUGGCACCUAGAUAUAAAGAGAAGCUCUAGAAAGUUUUGCCAUCUCCCUGUGGCUACUGGGUACCAGGCCAGUACCCGAAAUUCUCUGGAGUCAUGCUGCUGUUGCUGACCUUGGCUCUCCUUACUGUUUCUACCUGCAGAGCCCAGGAAAUAAAUGGUAGAAGCGGAAACUAUUUCUAUGUCGCUGGUGAAGAGAAGGGAGAAAUCCAGGGCUUUCGAGUCUUCCUUGGUAUUUUUAACAUCAUCAAGGGCAUCCAGUUGCAGUUUGGUGAUCACUGGAGUGAGGUCUAUGGAAUGACAUCAGCAGAAAGUAAAGAGUUCCUGCUGGAGAAGGGCGAGCACGUGAUCAGGGUGGAGGGCACUUCAAGGUUUUGCCUAAAGCACCUGAGCUUGACGACCAACAAGGGACGCGUGGCCACCUUUGGUAAAUGGCAGGGCACCCAGUUCUCAUCCCAGGGUCUCCCCAAAGAGCAUCUGCUGACCGUCAAUGGCUUGACCUCAAUAAUCUGCAUCAAAGGGAUGGGCUUCAAGUGGGGGCAUGGCUCAGAUGAGCCGUCAGUAGACCUGGACAAUGAGGAAGAUGGAGGUGAAGACAAUGAGGACACUGAUAAUGAGGACAAGGAUGAUGAUGAUGAUGAUGAUGAUGAUGAGGAGGAGGAGGAGGAGGAGGAGAAGGACGAGGACGAAGAGGAUGAGGACAAGGAGGAUGAAGAGGACAAAGAGGAUGAAGAGGACGAGGAGGAGGAGGAGGUCGAGGAGGACAAAGAGGACGAGGAAGAAGAGAAGUAGGCUUACUAGCAAGCUCCAAACCCAGUCCUUCAUUCCCUAUGGCUGCUGCUUCCUCUCAGCAAGUGUGCCCACCUGGCCGAGCUGGAAUACCAGGUGAUCCCAGGCUGGAGGAGGCAAGGCCCACAGGGCCCUGAAUCCCCAUGCCAAAUAAAGUUUCUGCAUCUA